UACGUGGAGGACGGCACGGCCUGCGGGCCCAACAUGCUGUGCCUGGGCCACCGCUGUCUGCCAGCCUCGGCUUUCAACUUCAGCACCUGCCCGGGCAGCGGGGAGCGCCGGGUCUGCUCCCACCACGGGGUCUGCAGCAACGAGGGCAAGUGCAUCUGCCAGCCCGACUGGACAGGCAAGGACUGCAGCAUCCACAACCCCCUGCCCACGGCACCGCCCACCGCGGAGACCGAGCGGUACAAAGGUCCCAGUGGCACCAACAUCAUCAUCGGCUCCAUUGCUGGCGCCGUCCUGGUCGCGGCCAUCGUCCUGGGCGGCACAGGCUGGGGAUUUAAAAACAUACGCCGAGGAAGGUCCGGAGGGGCCUAAGCGCCACCUCCCCACGCCUGGCGCCACCGUCAGCCACCAGGGUGGCGCCGUGCACGUGUCUUCCAGGUCCCCCGCUGCUCUGGUGCGCAGAGUGGUGUGGUGGUGUCCUCUUGCCACGGUGACUGGGCCGGGAGGACUCGUCCAGGCCACCUCCCGCGGCUCAGGUCCUGUGCACACCCGCUGUGUGAAUGUAGCUUCUGCCCCCGAGCACGCCACGGCCCUGCUCUCCACGGGGAGAGGCACCCACAUUUUUCUUACCGAUCUGAACUGAUGAAUGUAACUCGGGGUGCUGGGGCCAGGGUGGGGGUGGGGGGUUGCUGUUCACGGGAGGGCCCGGUCCUGGUCCUGCCCCUGGGCCACUCGCCUGGCAUGCAGCCCUGAUCAAGGGACACAUCCUGGUGCCCACCCUUCCCCAGGGGGCUGGCGCCCCUCCUGUCAGCAUUAGAGGCCCUGUCACAGGUGCAGGGACCGAGUCCCAGGCUGGCAUUCAUACCAACAGCCGGCCCUGCCUGGUGCAUGUGUUCGGGGUUCUCUAACAAAGUGGCACGUCCCGUCCAGGCAGGGCAACUCCAAGCUGACCCAGGGUCCUGUGCCCGGAGGCCAGCUCCCGGAGAGGACUCUAGUCAGGAGAAGAGGUGGCCAGGCUGGGGUGAGGCCAGGACAAGCCUCAUGGCUGAGACCUCCUGGCCCCCAGACCCAUUCCCCUUGCUGCCCCUGUUCGGGUCCCUGUGUCCCACCCGGGCAGAGCCAGCUUGAGCAGAAAGCAGCUGGUGGUGCAGCUGCCCAGGAACCAACCACAGUGAACACCAUGCCACCAGGCUUUCCUGGGGUUCUGGGGGCCUCUGAGGAGGUGACACGGAGAAGAUGGGCCUGGGCCCGGGUGGCUUCUUGGGGGCUGGAGGAUGUGGACUCCAGGGGUACCCCAGGACCAAGCCCCACUGGGCACUGCCCCAACAGAGCUGGGUGGGGCCCACGGGGUGGGGACAGGGAGGACACAGACUUCCCGUCCUGCCCACCCUGGCUCCCAGCCAUCUGCAUCCUGUUUGCCUGGCAGUACCCAGGAGGUUGGGGGCUGCAGUGCUGCCCUAGUCCUGUACGGAUGUCAUCAGGCUGGGCACCAAUUAAAGAUCCCACCGGGCUCCGAGGAGUCCACAGUA